AGACAGAGACAGAGAAGAGAGGAGAAGGACUAGUGUGGAGAGUUUUCUUCCAUUUCAGUGGAGGUCUUUCUCCGCUGCAGAGGAACUCAAACCCGCUGAACAUGGCCAAGAACCAGGAAGUGGAGAGAAUCGCCAAAAAACUGGAUAAAAUGGUGCAGAAGAAGAACACGGAUGGAGCUCUGGACCUGCUGAGGGAACUGAAGAACAUCAAGAUGUCUCUGGAAACUCUGCAGUCGACCAGAGUCGGGAUGUUAGUGAACGCUGUGAGGAAGCAAAGUUCAGAUGAUGAGCUGCAGAAUCUGGCCAAAACUCUCAUCAAGUCCUGGAAGAAACUCCUGGACGGUUCUGAGGGAAAAUCAGAGGAAAAGGAGAAGAAGAAGGAAGACUCAGUCGUUCGAUCGUCGUCCAGUUCGAAGGACUCGGGCAGCGAGAAAAGCGGUCAGAUAUCAGAGGACCCUCCCACUCCGACCCUGUGCCCCCGCGUCACGUCCUUCCCCCCCGCCCCCGUCACCGCCGACAGCGUCAGGAACAAAUGUAGGGAGCUGCUGGUGGCCGCGCUGCAGACCGACGAUGACCACAAGACUAUUGGAGUUGACUGUGAGCACCUCGCAGCGCAAAUUGAAGAUCAGAUCUACCAGGAGUUCAAGUCGACGGACAUGAAAUACAAAGCUCGCCUACGAAGCCGAAUCUCCAACCUGAAGGACCAGAAGAACCCAGACCUGCGGCGGAACGUCCUGUGUGGAAACAUCUCAGCUCAGCGCAUCGCCUGCAUGACGGCAGAGGAGAUGGCCAGUGCAGAGCUGAAGCAGAUCAGAGAAGCUCUGACCAAAGAAUCCAUCAGAGAACAUCAGCUGUCCAAGGUCGGAGGAACCGAGACCGACAUGUUCAUCUGCAACAAGUGUCGUGGAAAGAACUGCACGUACACACAGGUGCAGACUCGCAGCGCUGAUGAACCCAUGACAACCUUUGUGGUGUGUAACAGCUGCGGCAACAGAUGGAAGUUCUGUUGAAGAGUGUGAAAUGCAUCCCAUCAUGAAGGAAACUCAACGAACUGAACUGAAUUUGGAUUGGACAUGAAUUUAUUUUUUUUUCCUUCUUUUGUAUAUUUCGUUUUUUAUAUAUAUAUAUAUAAAUAUUUGACACUAAAAGCUGUAAUAUAUUUGGGAGAAACAUCUGCCAGUUUGUGUCAUCCGUUUGUUUAAUUUGUUUUGUAUGGAGCACUUAGAGUUUCUUUUGACUGGUAGAUGAAGCUUUAAUCGCAUUUAGGCCUGGUGGAAACAGUAAAUGUGCCUUUCUUUGACAUGUUGUGCUGCUCUUUGCAUUAAUAUUAAAGUGGCUCUAGGAUUAAGAUCAUACGGCUGCAUUGUUUU